AUGGGGGAAAGCGGCGGCGGUGGUGGUUGUUGUCCGCCGAUGGAUCUGAUGCGGUCAGAGCCGAUGCAACUUGUUCAACUCAUUGUUCCCAUGGAAUCGGCUCACCUUACCGUCUCUUACCUUGGGGAUCUCGGACUCGUGCAAUUCAAAGACCUUAAUUCAGAGAAGAGCCCAUUUCAACGUACUUAUGCAGCUCAGAUAAAAAGAUGUGGAGAGAUGGCACGGAAGAUACGUUUCUUCAAAGAUCAAAUGUCAAAAGCAGGAGUUUUAGCCAAGGAUCUGGUUGAGAAAGAAAAUGAUAUCGACUUGGAUGAUGUAGAGGUAAGGCUUGGAGAGCUAGAAGCUGAACUUGUUGAAAUCAAUGCUAAUAACGACAAGUUGCAGCGAUCCUAUAAUGAACUUAUGGAGUACAAGUUAGUUCUUCAGAAGGCUGGUGACUUCUUUUCUUCUGCUCAUAGAAGUGCCACGGCUCAACAGACAGAGGCUGAAUCACCACGAGCGGGUGCAGAUCUGCUGGAGUCUCCUUUGUUGCAGGAAGAGAAGAUUGAUUCAACAAAGCAAGUGAAACUUGGAUUUCUCACCGGGUUAGUGCCUCGUGAAAAGUCUAUGGUGUUUGAGAGGAUUCUAUUCCGUGCUACUAGGGGAAACAUCUUUACUCGUCAGUCUGUAAUCGAGGAGCCGGUCAUUGAUCCCAACUCUGGGGAGAAGGCUGAGAAAAAUGUUUUUGUUGUCUUCUUCUCCGGGGAAAGAGCAAAAAGCAAAAUUCUUAAAAUUUGUGAAGCUUUUGGGGCCAAUCGUUAUCCUUUCAGUGAGGACCUUGGAAAACAAGCUCAAAUGAUAACCGAGGUUUCCGGUCGAUUAACAGAGCUUAAAACUACCAUAGAUGCUGGUUUAGGACAACGUAACAUUUUGUUGGAGACCAUUGGAUCUAAGUUUGAGCUAUGGAACCUCAAGGUACGCAAAGAGAAAGCUAUCUAUCAUACUUUGAACAUGCUUAGUCUUGACGUGACUAAGAAGUGCCUUGUGGCCGAGGGCUGGAGUCCUGUUUUUGCAUCAAAAGAAAUACAAGAUGCAUUAGAGCGUGCUGCAGUUGACUCCAAUUCCCAAGUUGGAUCAAUAUUCCAGGUUCUGAGGACCAAAGAGUUGCCACCAACUUAUUUCCGCACAAACAAAUUUACUUCUGCAAUCCAGGAUAUUGUUGAUGCGUAUGGUGUGGCCAAGUAUCAGGAAGCCAAUCCGGGUGUAUUCACAAUCGUCACAUUCCCCUUCCUUUUCGCUGUUAUGUUUGGUGAUUGGGGGCAUGGAAUAUGUUUGCUGCUUGCAACGAUGUACUUGAUAGUGAGGGAAAAGAAACUUGCCAGCCAGAAACUAGGGGAUAUCAUGGAAAUGGCGUUUGGUGGCCGUUAUGUCAUUAUGAUGAUGUCACUCUUCUCAAUAUACACUGGUUUUAUCUACAACGAGUUCUUCUCUAUUGCAUUGCCAUUGUUUGCUCCCUCGGCAUAUGAUUGCCGUGAUGCCUCAUGCAGCGAGGCUACAACAAUUGGUUUGAUAAAGGUCCGGGACACUUAUCCGUUUGGUCUAGAUCCAGUGUGGCAUGGUAGCCGCAGCGAGCUGCCGUUCCUGAACUCGCUGAAGAUGAAAAUGUCAAUCCUUCUGGGAGUUUCUCAAAUGAAUCUCGGAAUCAUUAUGAGCUUCUUCAAUGCAAUAUUCUUCAAAUCGAAAGUAAAUAUAUGGUUCCAGUUCGUUCCCCAGAUGAUAUUCUUGAACAGUUUGUUUGGCUAUCUCUCGGCCCUCAUCAUCAUAAAGUGGUGCACUGGAUCUCAAGCAGAUUUGUAUCAUGUAAUGAUAUACAUGUUCCUGAGCCCAACCGAUGAGCUAGGAGAGAAUCAGCUUUUUCCUCACCAGAAAACAGUGCAGCUUGUGCUUCUCUUUCUGGCUCUUGUUUCUGUUCCGUGUAUGUUGCUUCCAAAGCCGUUCAUCUUGAAGAAACAACAUGAAGCUAGGCAUCAAGGUGAGUCAUACGCACCUCUUGAGGAGACAGAUGAGAGUCUUCAUGUAGAGACAAACGGAGGAGGAUCCCAUGGGCACGAGGAGUUUGAAUUCAGCGAGAUAUUUGUGCAUCAGUUGAUUCACACCAUAGAGUUUGUGCUUGGAGCUGUUUCCAACACCGCUUCUUACCUGCGUCUAUGGGCUCUCAGUCUUGCCCACUCAGAGCUAUCAUCAGUCUUCUAUGAGAAGGUCCUCCUCCUCGCUUGGGGUUACAACAAUGUGUUGAUCCUGAUCGUUGGAAUACUCGUCUUCGUAUUCGCCACCGUGGGAGUCUUGCUGGUGAUGGAGACACUAAGCGCGUUCCUUCACGCGUUGCGUCUCCACUGGGUUGAGUUUCAGAACAAAUUCUACGAAGGUGACGGUUACAAGUUCGCUCCUUUCACUUUCAUUCUCACCGGAAACGAAGACGAGUGA